CGGUGAGGGCCAGGGCGGGCGCGGGGCCGGGAGCGGCGGCGAUGGCGGCGGCGCCGGGCGGGCGCGUCCCGCGGGUGAGCGGGCGCUGCUGAUGGGAGCGGUGUGUCCUGAGGGAUCACUCCUUUGGUGUUGCCUGAUCAGCGAGUUCUUCACGUACGCUCCAGCAGUGGCCACACAGAACUGACAAACUUCAGCUGCAGGAGGGAAGAUGACAUCCUUAGGUGCACCACAGGAGGAAAUGAGUAAACUGACCUUGGAUACACCACAGAAAGAAAUAGGUGAACUGACCUUGGGUACAUCGCAGGAGACAAUCAGCAACCCGAUCAUUCCAUAUGUUGGGACAAUACAUGGUGGCCUUGUUCCUGGAGAGCAGAUUGUGAUACAUGGGACUGUUCCUGAUGAUGCAGACAGGUUCCAGGUGGAUUUACAGUGUGGCAGCAGCAUAAAGCCUCGAGCUGAUGUGGCAUUCCAUUUCAACCCCCGCUUCAAAAGGUCUGGCUGCAUUGUUUGCAACACACUGGAGAGGGAGAAGUGGGGCUGGGAGGAGAUCACUUAUGAGAUGCCCUUUGGUAAAGGAAAGUCGUUUGAGAUUGUCAUCAUGAUUUUAAAGGAUAAGUUCCAGGUGGCUGUAAACAAAAAGCACUUGCUGCUCUACAAGCACAGAAUUAGCCUUGAAAAAAUAGAUACUCUUGGAAUAUAUGGCAAAGUGCAGAUCAAAGCCGUUCAGUUUGUUUUUAAGGGGGAAAUGCCAAGUGGUUCACAAUUGGGUGUUCCUUAUUUUGAGAAGCUUGAUACUGCACUUCGUCCAGGAUGCACAAUUGCCAUUAAAGGAGAAGUGAAAAAAAACCCAAAGAGCUUUGCAGUCAAUCUGAGACCAAGUGACUCAAAGGACAUUGCUUUACAUCUGAAUCCCCGAAUGAAAAAGAAAGUUUUUGUAAGAAAUUCCUACCUUGAUGACAGCUGGGGAGAAGAAGAAAAUGAAGUUGCUAACUUUCCUUUCAGUCCAGAGAUGUAUUUUGAGCUGAUUAUUUUCUGUGAUGCCAACCAGUUCAAAGUUGCUGUUAAUGGUGUUCACAUUCUGGAGUACAAGCAUCGUUUUAAACAACUUGAAAAGAUCAACAUGGUGGAAGUCAUAGGAGAUGUUCACUUGUGGGAUGUAAAGAGCUGCUAGGUUUUUUCAAUCAGUACUGAAAUAAUUUAACCUCUUCUGAUGACAGUGCCUCCUUGUCAAGUACAAACAGGUGCUGACUCAUGCUGAGCCUGCCUUUAACCUAUCUAGGCUUUGCAUUUGCCUCUCUGAGUUAGGCAAGUACCAGAAAUGCUAAAUGCAAAUUUAAAUCCUUCUCUAGUCUUCAGUUUCCUGGCAAGCUGUUAGUGUUUGCUCAGAUAAAUCUCCUGCGUUACUGAACCUAGCAAUAUGAAAAUGCUGCAUUAUACUGUGUCCAACAAUUGCACUCUGUAUGUUACAUUUUACUACCAUUUAGCAUUCCUCAACACCAUACAUUCAAUAUUGUGAAGUAGAAAUGAGACUGAAAUAGAAUCCAAAGAUAGUUAUCCACCUCAAAAGGGAUGUUUAUAAUUUAUUUAAUACAGAACUACGGAUUAUAAUUUUGUAUGUUUUAAUUUAUGUUAGACCAAUAACCUUUACAGUGAGGCUGGACUAAGCAAACCCUUACUUGACCCCUUACUUCUGGCAAAAGGCAAGAAGUUUGACCUUACCUCUUAGCCUGCUGCUGCAAUAGCACCUUCUCUGACAUCUGUGCUAUGGCUAUGUCACCUCCUGCUUACAAGGGCCCAAGAUUUCUAGCUUUUAGUUUUCCAAAGUAAAACACCAGAAAGGGAUUUAGCUGGUUUCAGUUCGACAUGAACUUUGCAAAGCUUGUUUGAUCUGAAGUGGCUCCUAACUGGGUUAAGAAUCCUUGGAGUCUGAAGUAGAUGUUUGUGGGUUACAUUUUUAGGAUAUGUCUGAAUCCAGGUAGUCCAGGUAGUUUCAGCUGAGAUGGCACUUGACUACUCAGCAGUGGACCAGAGAAGGAAUCCUUUUUCAGUCUUGUAUUAAAAUACUAUCUAUUUGAAAUAAACUGUUUCUAUUCAGUUUUCCAUACAAAUGCCAGUUCUUUUAUAUCCUUUUUAAAAAUAAGUUACUAUUGGUUGUCAAUACAUGCCCAGAAGAUGUCCCUGUCUGUCUUAAGACUGUUAAUAACAAAGCAAUUUCAAGAAUAAGAUGUAUACUAAAAGACUUUAAAUGAGCAAAUUUAAUGUAUAAAAAGCAUCAAUUAAAACAUAUGUGAACUCUG